AUGGGUAAAUGGUGGAGGAGGCUGAUAUCCAUCUUCAAGCCUGCCAAAAAGCCCCUUCCUGAGAGCCCUUCAUGCCUGCAGUGCAAUGAGGGAGAGCAUAGGAAGGUGGCAUGGACAGGAAAAAGUAGUGAUGACUACAUCUUCAGCCAUUACACCAUUGGUGAUGAGCUGGGGAAAGGUGGAUUUGGUGUAGUAUAUGAAGGGAAGCGUUUGGAUGAUGGUCUUAAGGUGGCUGUGAAAUAUGUCACCAAGAGGCAGGAUACGGAAUGUAUAACUAUUCCUGAUCAUCCAAACCCCUUGCCAAAGGAGAUUGCCCUCACCAUCCUGGCCAAUAAAGGUCCCAGCGAUCCCCACAUCAUAAAGCUUUUAGACUGGCAAGACCAUGAAGACCAUUAUGUCUUGAUUCUUGAAUGUCCAUCUCCUUGCGAAAAUCUUGAAGAGUUCCUGUACCAUCACGGUGAUACCCUAAAUGAAAGCACAACACGUCACAUCAUGAAGCAAGCAAUUCAUGCUGCUGACCUGUGUUGCCAAAGGGGAAUCUUCCACCGUGACGUCAAACUGGAGAACCUUCUAAUAAACAAGGAAACAUUGGAGGUCAAACUUAUUGACUUUGGAUGUGCGGACAUUCUGAAAAAGUCUUCUUACAGGACAUACAAUGGCACUGAAGCGUACGCCCCUCCUGAGUAUAAACUCAAGGGGAAGUACUAUGGCAAGCCAGCGACCGUCUUUUCUUUAGGGAUGGUGAUGUUCACACUCCUCUGUGGCCACUUCCCUACACACUAUGACAUCUUUCAACUAAAAUACAAGCGGUAUUCUUAUAUUCAACCCAGGCAGUCAAAAGAUUGCUGCCGUCUGCUAAGGGAGCUCCUCAACCCCUAUCAAAACGAGCGAAUUUGCCUGAGUCAAAUCCUUUCCCAUAACUGGUUUAAGGUCUACAUUUGA